AUGGAUUCGGCCUUCAAGGCCGAGCCGACGAGCACGGAGAUUCCAUCGCUUAAAAACGAAAGGGCUAUCGGCACUAAAUACGCUGAUGAAACUCUCCGCAUUCUUGAACUUCAUGGGGAUUCGGUUGCUCCAUUGACAACCGAGAAGGAGAAAACGCUGAGACGCAAAUUGUACUGGCAUAUAUUUGGGCUACUCUCCGCCAUCAACCUACUACUCUUUAUUGACAAAUCCACUCUGGGUUAUGCCGCUAUUCUUGGCUUGUUCGAGGAGACUGGCAUAAGCAAGGCUCAAUACAACAAUCUUGGCACUUUCUUCUACGUUGGUUACAUUGUUGCACAAUGGCCAGGUCAUUAUGCCAUGCAAAAACUGCCAUUUGGAAAAUUUGUCGCAACUCUUGUCUUCAUGUGGGGUGUCAUCCUACUAUUGCAUUGCGUUGCCACAACAUAUGGCGCUCUUGUGGUUCUGCGACUGGCGCUCGGCGCCGCUGAAUCUGUAGUUGUACCUGCAAUGGAAGUGACGAUCGGGAUGUUCUUUAAUCGUUACGAACAGUCGUUUCUCCAACCCUUCCUUUGGUUGACAUCGGCAGCCGCCCCAAUAUGUGCCGCAUUUAUCUCUUACGGUUUGCUUUGGAGUCAUAGCACUAUACUGCCCUGGAAGCUAUUCAUGAUCAUUACCGGGGGUGUCUCGGUCCUUCUCUCCGUUCUUGUUUGGUUUCGUUAUCCGAACAACCCAGCUGACGCUACAUUCCUGUCACUGGAGGAGAAAAUUCACACCAUCAAGCGAGUCCACGAGUCAAGUCAAAGCUCUAUUGAGCAGAAGCAGUUCAAGAAAGACCAGUUCAAAGAGACACUCCGCGACCCCAUCUCAUGGCUAUUUACACUGCAGGCCUUCACCCUAAUGAUGUCUAAUAAUCUGACCUACGGGCAGCAGAACCUCAUUACUAAGGCUCUUGGGGUGGACAGUUUGGGUUCGACCCUUGUGGCUGCAGCUGGUGGCGGGUUUGGUGUGCUGGUCUGUCUUGCAGGUGCAUUUGCCCUGCGGUGGUGGCCUUCAAAUCUUGCCUUCCAUGGACUUUUCUGGUGUAUCCCUGCAAUUGCAGGUGGGAUUGGGAUGGUUGCUAUUAAUUGGGACCAGAAACUAGGGAUGCUUGCGUGUCUGUUGCUGGCCGGCCAUACCUAUGGUAAUACUUACAUUAUUGCCUUAGGUUGGGCUACGUCAUCUGCAGCCGGCUACACGAAGAAGCUAACGCGGAAUGUUAUGUUCAUGGUUGGUUAUUCCAUUGCAAACAUUUGCUCGCCACAGAUAUGGGUUCCUAAGGAUGCACCUCGAUAUUACGGUGCCUGGGUCUCCAUGAUAGUGGUCAGUUGGGUGGGGACACCGUUGAUCCUUUUCAUUAUACGAUUUAUAUUAAAACGGAGGAACGUUCACCGGAAGGCUUGGGCUGCAUCCUUGAGCAGCGAAGAGAGAAAGACUCAUGAAUUCGGAGUAGUCGAGGAACUUGAUGAAAAUGGCAACAUGAUACGCAGGCACGUUGAAAUUGCCAUGUUGGAUAUGACUGAUGUGGAGAACAAAUUCUUCAUCUACCCUAUUUGA